AAGCGACAGACCAAGACAAAGGCCAUAAUGGUCAAGUGCGCUAUACCAUAGUACAGCAGCCAAAUCAGAAGGGGACAAAAUUCAUUGUUGAUGAAAUCACUGGAGAAGUUCGUACUAACAAAGUGUUCGACAGAGAAGGUGAUGAUGGACGUUUUGUCAGUGUGACGGUCAAAGCUACGGACAGAGGAAAUCCUCCGUUAGAAGGUGUUUGUUCAUUCAAAGUCGAAAUUACGGACAUCAACGAUAACCCUCCCCUUUUUGACAGACAAGAAUAUAGAGAGAAUGUGAAACAAGACACAGCCAUUGGCACUAACAUCUUGAGAGUUUCUGCAUCAGAUGAAGAUGCCGAUAACAAUGGAGCCAUUGUCUAUAACCUUACAGCCCCUUAUGACCCUACAGACCUUGACUACUUUGCUAUCAAUCCAGAAUCUGGUUGGAUUAGCCUUAGGAAAGCUCUAGAUAGAGAUCAGUACAAUCUGAGAGCAAUUGCUUUUGAUAAAGGAAUUCCCCAACAUAGAGCCACUGUGGAUGUAGCCAUAGAUGUAGUUAACAGAGAUAAUAACCCCCCUGUCUGGGAUCAGCCUGUCUAUGGUCCUAUUACCAUAAAAGAAAACAUGGAAGUUGGACAGAAAGUUCUUUCAAUCAAGGCUAGAUCUGGCAUUCCUGACAACCCAACUGUCUUUUAUACUUUAAUGAAAGGAAGUACGGAGCAGACGAAUAAAAAAGAUACUUUCUAUCUUAGUCAGAGAUCAGAUAAUGACAACACGUUUGCAGACAUCUAUGUCAAUUAUCCUUUAGAUUAUGAAAAACUGCAGCAAUACAAUCUGACUGUUCGAGUAGAGAAUAAUGGAAUACAACAGCUGGCAUCAGAAUGCACUGUUUACAUUAUAUUGGAAGAUGUGAAUGAUGAAAUUCCCCUCUUUAUUGAGAGGGAGCAAGAAACGGUGUUGGAAGGUAUGCCACCAGGUACUAAAGUGACUAAAGUUCAAGCUGUUGACAAGGAUGGAACAUACCCUCACAACAAGGUGUACUAUAGUAUUGAAAAUAAAGAUGGAGGAGACCAGUUUUUCACAAUAGACAGAGAAUCGGGAGAGAUCUACACAAAAAUAGAAUUUGAUAGAGAAGAAAAACAGACAUAUGCAAUUUUAGUGAGAGCAGAAGAUGGUGCACCUUCUGAUCGUCCACAUAAGAAAGAUGGUAGUCCUAAUUCAGUUACCAAGUACAUUCGAAUUGGAAUCGGAGAUAAAAACGACAACCCUCCUUACUUUGACCAAGUUCUAUAUGAAGCUGAAGUAAAUGAAGAUGAAGACAUACAGCAUACUGUGAUUACUGUUACAGCUAAGGACAAGGAUGAAUCUUCAAGAAUAAGGUAUGAAAUAACCCAAGGAAACAUAGGAGGAGCUUUCGCUGUAAAGAACGAAACGGGAGCCAUCUACGUGGCUGGCCCUCUAGAUUAUGAAACCCGCAACAAGUACGAGCUGCGAUUGGUUGCAUCUGAUAAUCUAAACGAGAACCACACGACGGUUGUUAUCUACGUCAAGGACGUGAACGAUAACCCGCCAGUGUUUGACCGCCCCACAUAUGAGACUCAAAUCACAGAAGAAGAUGACAGAAACCUUCCCAAGCGUGUGCUACAGGUCACGGCCACAGAUGGGGAUAGAGAUCGCCGUCCUGACAUUGUUUAUUUCCUGACUGGCCAAGGAAUUGAUGAUGAUGAGCCUUCUAAUAGCAAGUUUGCUAUAAAUUCAACUACUGGAGAAAUUUAUGUGUUGAAACCUUUAGACCGAGACUUGCCUGAUGGCCGGUCCCAGUGGCGUUUCACGGUGUUUGCCGAAGAUGAAGGUGGCAAUGGGCUGGUGGGCUAUGCUGACGUUCUUGUCAACCUAAAAGAUGUGAAUGACAACCCUCCAUUUUUCCCUAAUGCUAUCUAUACUGGCAAUGUAACAGAAAAUGGAACUGCUGGAAUGACAGUGAUGACAAUGACAGCCACAGAUUAUGAUGACCCUGAAGAGGCAAGCAAUGCCAGACUCACCUAUUCAAUUGAACAAAACCAAGUUAAUGAACAAGGGGAACUGAUUUUUAGCAUAGAGCCAGAAAGUGGUGUGAUCUCAACUGCUGUGUGUUGUCUAGAUAGAGAAACUAAUCCAGAAUACACUAUCAAAGUUGUUGCUACAGAUGGAGGAGGGUUAAAAGGUACUGGCACAGCAACCAUUAAGAUAAAGGACAUCAAUGAUAUGCCUCCAGAGUUUACCAAGAAAAACUGGUAUGUUCCUGUUGAUGAAACAGAAGGUGACAAUAUUCCAGAGACUCCAAUUCUUGUAGUUUCUGUCAAUGAUAAAGACUUGUUAGAAACCAAUCGUUUCAGUUACAAGGUGAUCGAUGAUGCUUUUGGUUCAGACAGAUUCACGAUGGUUACCAAUUCUGAUGGCACAGGCUCACUAAAAGUAGCAAAGGCUUUGGACUAUGAAGACAUGCAACAGAGGUUUGGCUUUAAUAUAACCAUUCAAGUGAGUGACCAUGGAGGAGAGUCCUCUGAACCCAACCACCUAGAUUAUGCCAAGGUUCAAGUUAGGCUUAAGGACAUAAACGACAAUAAACCAGAAUUUGAGAGAUCUAAUAUUGAAGUUUCAGUACCUGAGGAUGCAGAAGUUGGUCGCACAUUGGCAUCAUUUACUGCUACUGAUGCUGACCAGGGUGGACGGUCUCAUGUCAGCUAUACCAUUGAUCGAUCAUCUGACAAGAGAAGGCAAUUUAGAAUAGGCAAAGAUGGUGUAGUCAGUAUCCAAAGAAAACUUGACCGAGAAGAUACACCCAGACAUCAAGUGAAAAUCCUUGCUAUUGAUGAUGGUGAACCCCCUUUAACAGCUACUGCUACUCUGACAGUUGUAGUCAGUGACAUCAAUGACAAUGCUCCUCGUUUUCUAAAGGACUAUCGUCCAGUUAUAAUGGAAAAUACUAGACCCCCUCAGAAAGUGGAAGAAAUCCAAGCUACUGAUGAUGAUGAUCGCUCUAAAGGCAAUGGCCCACCCUUUACUUUCCGUAUGGAUCCCGAAGCUCCGGAAGUUAUUCGAGAAUUCUUUAAGGUUGAACAUCAACCUGAGGGAGCAAAUGGUGAUGGUAUGGCAAUAGUCACAGCACAUGUGGAAUUUGAUCGAGAAGAGAAAAAGGAAUACCACGUACCAAUUGUGAUCAAGGAUAGUGGGGUGCCACAAAAGACAGGAACUAGUACAUUGACUGUAAUUAUUGGAGAUGAAAACGAUAACCUAAUGCUUCCUGGUCACAAGGAUGUUUUUGUGUACAAUUUCAAAGUUUUUAUUAAACUGUUUGUGUUUCAUUCAGGUACCUCGGCUGAAGACUUUGUCAGAACUUUAAGUAGGAAGGGUCAUUCCACGGUGACCAGUAAAUAUAACAAAUUCAGAGAUGUCAUAGCUGAACUGUUAGAAACAGACAGAGAAAAUGUAGAUAUUUUUACUGUGUACCCCAAACAAGAAAGGCCUCCAAUUACAGAUGUUAGAUUUUCUGCUCAUGGCUCCCCCUAUUAUAAAGCUAGCAUGUUAGAUGGUGCCGUUUCUCUAAAUCGAGGGCUGAUUGAGAAGAAAGUUGGUAUCAACAUCACCAUGGUUGGAAUCGAUGAGUGUUUGAUUGAAAAUCUAAACUGUGAGGACAGCUGUACCAAUAAGCUAAUAGUGGAGCGUCAGCCAAUUGUUGUAAAUGCCAAUAGGACUUCCUUUGUUGGUGUAAACAGCUGGAUUAAACCAAUGUGUGUAUGUGGUGCAAGAGAUUUCUCUGAAGAAGAGUCGUGUAAACAGAGACCACUUCCUUGUUUUAACAAUGGUAGAUGUAGUGAUGGUUCAAAUGGAGUCAAAUGUAAUUGUACUGGACAAUUCGAUGGACCUCAGUGUCAGAUCACAACCCGUUCGUUCAAUGGUAGAGGGUGGGCAUGGUUUCCAGCCUUGCAACAGUGUGAGAAUUCUCAUCUCAGUUUAGAGUUCAUGACCCUGAAACCCAAUGGUCUACUGCUGUAUAAUGGACCUAUCACUAACCCAGAACCUCGAGAGGUUGGAAUACAAGAUUUCUUGUCCGUAGAACUUCAAGAUGGAAGGCCUAGGCUCUUGGUGGAUUUUGGAUCAGGGACAGCAGAGGUUAGAGUGAACACCAAAAAAACCCUGAAUGAUGGAGAAUGGCAUAAGUUAAACAUCUUCUGGGAUAGAGAAAACAUUCGAAUCAGAGUAGAUGAUUGUAUCCGUGCUGAGAUCACUGAUUCUGAAACACCCAAGUUUGACAGUUCAGGCUGUGAAGGCCAUGGAACCAUUCCUCCUUUCAAUGAAUUCUUGAAUGUGAAUUCCCCACUUCAAAUUGGUGGAGUCCACCAUAAAAUUUUGAACUUCACCUGGCAAUAUCAACACACUAGAGAAGGUUUUGAAGGCUGCAUAAGAAAUGUAUUUCAUAAUAGUGAGAUGUAUGACCUUGGAAGUCCAGGCAGUUCUGAUGGUAGCCAACCAGGUUGUCCACCUGCAGAUGAUAGUUGUAAUGCUAACAGUAUUAAUUUACCAUGUGAUCAUGGUAAAUGUGAAGGCACCUAUCGUUCAUCUCGGUGUAUCUGUGAUCCUGGUUGGCAUGGGGCUCACUGUAAUCGAGCCACUCAAGCCAAGAUGUUUCAACAGAGCAGCUAUAUAAAGUAUGCUUUGUCCUUCGAACCAGACAAGUAUAAGACUGACAUCCAGCUCAUGUUCCGUACUCGACAGAAACAUGGAGAGCUUUUCCGGGCCACGAGUAAACAUGGUCGAGAAUAUUGUAUUCUAGAGGUUCGGGAUAAGAAACUCCACUUUCGUUUUAACCUCAAUCAACACAGUUCCACAGAUGAACGAGAGCUGUGGCUACCUCAUGUGACUGUCAGUGAUGGUCAGUGGCACACUGUUCAAGUUCUUAGGUAUGGAAGCACAGCCAGUAUCUCAUUGGAUGGAGGUGGAGGACGGCGUUACAAUGAGAUAAUUGACUAUAAGGGCUUGCAUCAAUUGAUGGAAAUGGAAAAACAAAAUGUUAUUGCUGGAGGUGAUGUUCAGUACGUAGGACCAGGAGUUACGGUGGUAGAUAAUGAUUUCCAUGAAGGUAUGAAGCCCACAACUGCUGCAUUUUCAGAUCCAUUCUCCAUAGAAUGGAACAAUCUUAUUGAUGGUUGUCCUUCUAACAGUCCGUGCAAAAACAUAAUCUGCCCUCCACCAUUUGUUUGUAAAGAUCUCUGGCUUCUACAUGAGUGCAGGUGUCGUGAUGGUUUUGUAGUGACAGAGGAUGGUAAAAACUGCACUGAUGCUAAUGCUUGCUUGAGUGAUCCUUGUUAUAAUGGUGGCACAUGUGUGGACAGGCCAGACGGUAAAGGGCAUUAUUGUCUGUGUACUGACAGCUUUAGUGGUAGUGAUUGCCAGUCAAUGGUCCAGGCAAAAGUGAUGAAGUUAAGCAUGGCAGCUCUUGCAGCCAUUUUGGUCUGUCUCCUUAACAUCUUGAGUAAGUAUAUCGUUAUAAACAAAAGAUGUCCUAUGGGUUUUGAGGUGUCUGAAGACAGGCUACAGUGCCUGGAUGAGAAUGAAUGUCUCACAAAACCAUGUGGCUAUGGUGGACACUGUUACAACAGGCCUUUUGGGAAGGGUUACUACUGUGAAUGUCCAAGUGGAUGGUCAUGUGAAAAUUGUACCUGUGCUGAGGAUGAAGUAGGAAGUAAACUGAGUGUGCCUUUAUUGGGUCUUGGAAGUGAUGCUUUAGCCAUAAUUCUGGCUAGCUUAGCAGUCUACUUAAUUUUGGUACUAGUUAUUGUUGCAUAUACAAGGAGUCGUCGACCUGAUGGGAAGUAUGGGCAUGGUGAAGUAGAUGAUGAUGUUCGGGAAAACAUCAUCAGUUAUGAUGACGAAGGUGGUGGAGAAGAUGAUAUGAAUGCUUAUGACAUUACUCCUCUGCGUAUACCAAUUGAUGCAAAUGGGUUGCCAAUUGGAGCUAAGCCUGGACCAGAAAAGCCCCCAAUGAAAGACCCAAGACAAAGACAAGUGCCACCUGGUGGGCAGCCUGAUGUUGGAGAUUUCAUACAAGAUCAUCUGGAUAAAGCAGACAAUGAUCCCAAUGCCCCACCAUUUGAUGACCUGCGAAACUAUGCUUAUGAAGGGAGUGGAAGCACAGCAGGAUCACUCAGCUCUUUGGCUUCAGGAACUGAUGAUAAUGAGCAAGACUUUGACUACCUUAAUGGAUGGGGCCCCCGAUUUUCCAAACUUGCUGAUAUGUAUGGUCAAGGCGAAAGUGAAGAAGACUAGUCAGUCAUCACUACACACUUACCUUGUUGCUGGCCAUACCUCUACUAAAUCAUUCCAUUGGAUGUGUUCUUUCCCUUUAGGACCAGUGACAGAUUCACAUGGGAAGAGUUUCUUCCACCUAGAGACAGUGUGACCUUAAAAUUGUUGUAGUAACCCUUUAACACAGUGUGUGUAUGUAUGUGUAAGAGCAUGUUCUUUUAUAGUCAAUAUUUUGUGCGUAUUCUUUGACUGGCAAAAUUGAUGUCAUAUGGAAUAUUUAUCAUAUUUCGCUGUGUUUAGAAGCUUUUGUCUACUUGACUUGUAAUUCAUAGUGCUUGGUUGUUGUCAAAAGACUUACACUAAUGGUGAUGGGUAUUAUUUUCAGUCAGAUUUGUUGUAGUUAUAUUGUAUUUUAAAGAGUCAGUUUUUAUUGGGCUUUUAUGGUUUGAUAUAGAUAUUAAGAGGUUUUUACAGCAUAAGCAUUUUUUUUUGUGAUAGUUAAUAAUGCUCGAAUCUCAGUCAGACCCUGGUCUGGAGUGUAUUUUAGACACAUAAUGUGUAUGGAAGAAUAGAGAGGUCACAUUUUAAUGAAACUUGAAAGAGUAGUAGUGUAAAGUAAGAAUUUCUAGGCAUGUUGUGUAAGUCUUGUUACUCGCUCAUUGGUUCUAAAGGGAAGUUCAAGGAGCAACUGAUCUAUCUUCUGCCUGCUCAACACUGUUUGGUUAUCUUUUUGAGGAUAAUCUUUAGCUUGUAUAAUAAUGUAUUUGUUGUCAUGUGUUUGUAUUUCUGACUGAUCAUUAGCAUUUAUACAAUCAUUGCUUUUAGCAAUUAGAAAUACUUAAAGUAGUUUUCUGCUUGAAUAGAAUCAUCUUCUCUCUUUUUUUGUUGAAUCACUUAGAAUGGACCAACAAGACCCUUGUAAUGGCACCAUUAGGCAUUUACAUGAAGAUAGGUAUUAAGAAAGGAUAGAGCUUGAUAUCAACUACAUCAUAUACAAGGUUGAACAAGAGUGACUUAUGAACACAGUUUUAUUUAGAUGCAUUCCAAACGAAACAAAAAAAAAAAGUUAAAUGAAAGAUAUAUUUACAUAAAGGUGUCACGAUUUGGUGCUUGGUUGUCUUCUACAUGCUGUGACUGUUAUUGUGCUUAUCAUCUCAUGCAUGGUUGUCUUGUUUCUGAAAUAUGUAAUCUCAAUUUUAAUAGUAUUUAUCAUAGAUAGCACCACAUUACGUUUAGUUUGUCCUUCAUUGUAAAAUUACAAGUCCAGGAGCAAAGCAUUUGAUCCAGUUGUUGUACGAUUAAGUUAUAGCAUAUCUUAAUUAAGUUUGCCUACAGCUAGCACCUGUGGAAGAAGGCACCAUCCUAUAUAGUUUAUCUAACCUUGUCUUAUCUUCACUGAAAUUGAAAUUAGCACCAUAAAGAUGGCUACUGGGAAGCUAAACACUACAGCUCAAACUGCCACAUCUCAUUAACACCAACUUUUUAAGUGGUUUAUGUGGUACAGUACAUGACCAAGACCUCUCUCUAUAAAUAAGAUGAAAGAUCUUAUGUAGUUAUCCUUGUAUGAAAUAGAAAUCGGUGGAUCCUAUUUGUUAAGUAGCCUUUCCUCAGGAGGAAUCAAGAGCUAAAGAUGUGUAUUUGUAUUUCUGUAAGCAUUAGAAAAAAAAAAGUCCUCAAUAUUAGUGAUAUUUGUGCAUUUUCAUUGUUUGUUCAUAUUUUUUUAAGUUCAUAAGUGAAUUUUAAAAUGAUUUUCAUUUUUUUAAUAUUGUUUUUGUAUUGUACACCAAAGUGCUGUGCACUUGCCUCUCAUUGACUUUAAAGUUGCACAUGGAAGUUAGGCAGGAUAUUGUGUUCUGUAGGAGUGUGGAUUAAAUGAGGUUUCUGUUUCUAUAUACAUAUAGAAAGAGAGAAAAUUUCAUGGUAAUGUAACAGCUGACAUUAACAUCAUUUGGAGUCUGUAUGUUUUAACUUUGUUGUUGUUGGCCAUCCAUGAAAUUUGUUAAAUCACACUGUUUUUGACUGACAGGUAUCACAAAUUCAAAGUGACUAAUUCAGUAAAAAAUAGGUAAAGCAUGUUUUUUUUUUUUGUAUGGAGUAAGUUAUGACUAUGUGUUAAUAAUUUUACUACUUGCAUUAUAGUAACAGAAAGAGUAAUAAAAAGUGCCUGCUCAGUUACACAGUAUGCCACACUUGUUCAGAACACUAGUCUAACACCAUCCCUGCCUUGAAGCGAAAUCCUGCCACACUGGGCUUUUUUCUUAUUUUUUCAAACAAACAAAUGUCACUGUAUAAGAAAUUAAAAUCAGAUUUGUUUCUCAAACGUAUAGUAUUCUGAUUCAUGUGGUUUAAUGUAUUCCAUUGUGUUCCAAGUAUUAGAACUGACUUGUGACAUUUUUCAUCAUUUUAUGUCAUUGUCGUUUUAUAUCAUGACUUUAUUGUAGCCAAAAGUAUCUUUCAAGGCAGUUUGUUUGAUUCAGAACAAAUAAAUGAUAUAUAGAUCCAG